GGUGAUUUCUACUGCUAGACUGUUUAGGCCCUGUAAUAAAUGGAUAAGGGAAGAUAACUGAGAGGCGGGGGCAGGUCCCUUCUUAAUAUUCACUGAAUCAUACACACAGACAAUAUCUUCUUGGGAGACAGGCCUCAGAGGCCUGGGAAAAGACUGGGGGAGGAGUUCAGACCAGAUGCCAGGCACUGCGCCUGCAUUUUCUCAAUGAACCCUCUUUCACAGUCACCCCGUAAAGUAUUAUUUUCCUCAUUUUACAGACAAGGACACUGAAGCACAAAGGUGAAGUGACUUGCCCAAGGUCACUCAGCUAGAAAUUUAGGAUUCCAUUAUCUCAUUUCUAGUCCUGAUACAGGAUGCUACUUGGGACGCAGGGGAGGACUGUUUCUAGACCUCAGGCCUGUGAAUGCAGGCUCCCCGAGUGGACAGAAAUCUUGGAGGACCUAGAUCAGGCCCUAGAGGAGGAGAGGGGAGAUGGAAUAUCCUCUCCCAGUUCAGAAACUUUCUCGGCAGUGGAGGAUGAUAGUGGAGGGGACUCUGUCCUUCACCCCAUUGAUCCCCAGAGGGGUGAUAGCUGAGUCUUGUGACUGGGCCCCUGGGCAGGGGUCAAGGGUCAGUGCCCCUGUUUCCUUUACCCCCUCCUCCCUGGGCAACCUUUAACCCUCCACCGCCCACAUGCAAGGCUGCCUGCCUCUACACAUUCUCCCAAGAGUUGUCUGAGCCGCCGAGUGGACAGUGGCUGAUUAUGGAGAGCAGAGGCCCACUGGCCACCUCGCGCCUGCUGCUGUCGCUGCUGUUGCUGCUGUUGCUACUACUGCGUCACACCUGCCAGGGAUGGGCCCUGAGACCUGUUCUCCCCACCCAGAGCGCCCACGACCCUCCGGCUGUCCACCUCAGCAAUGGCCCAGGACAAGAGCCUAUCGCUGUCAUGACCUUUGACCUCACCAAGAUCACAAAAACCUCCUCCUCCUUUGAGGUUCGAACCUGGGACCCAGAGGGAGUGAUUUUUUAUGGGGAUACCAACCCUAAGGAUGACUGGUUUAUGCUGGGACUUCGAGACGGCAGGCCUGAGAUCCAACUGCACAAUCACUGGGCCCAGCUUACGGUGGGUGCUGGACCACGGCUGGAUGAUGGGAGAUGGCACCAGGUGGAAGUCAAGAUGGAGGGGGACUCUGUGCUGCUGAAGGUGGAUGGGGAGGAGGUGCUGCGCCUGAGACAGGUCUCUGGGCCCCUGACCAGCAAACGCCAUCCCAUCAUGAGGAUUGCGCUUGGGGGGCUGCUCUUCCCCGCUUCCAACCUUCGGUUGCCGCUGGUUCCUACCCUGGAUGGCUGCCUGCGCCGGGAUUCCUGGCUGGACAAACAGGCCGAGAUCUCAGCAUCUGCCCCCACUAGCCUCAGAAGCUGUGAUGUAGAAUCAAAUCCCGGGAUAUUUCUCCCUCCAGGGACUCAGGCAGAAUUCAGUCUCCGAGACAUUCCCCAGCCUCAUGCAGAGCCCUGGGCCUUCUCUUUGGACCUGGGACUCAAGCAGGCAGCAGGCUCAGGCCACCUCCUUGCUCUUGGGACACCGGAGAAUCCAUCUUGGCUCAGUCUCCACCUCCAAGAUCAAAAGGUGGUGUUGUCUUCUGGGUCAGGGCCAGGGCUGGAUCUGCCCCUGGUCUUGGGACUCCCUCUUCAGCUGAAGCUGAGUAUGUCCAGGGUGGUCUUGGGCCAAGGGUCGAAGAUGGAGGUCCUUGCCCUGCCUCCCUUAGGCCUGGCUCCCCUCCUUAACCUCUGGGCCAAGCCUCAAGGGCGUCUCUUCCUGGGGGCUUUACCAGGAGAAGACUCUUCUACCUCUUUUUGCCUGAAUGGCCUUUGGGCACAAGGUCAGAGGCUGGAUGUGGACCAGGCCCUGAACAGAAGCCAUGAGAUCUGGACUCACAGCUGCCCCCAGAGCCCAGGCAAUGGCACUGACACUUCCCAUUAAAGCUCCACCUAAGAA